CCUCUUAUAGUAUUAACGUAAAUAAAUAAUGACAAUUUAUCACGCGCGACCGCUUUGCUCACUUGAUUGUUAUUGAAAGUGUUGUUGUUGUUGUUUUCGGUCGUGUAAUUUUUAUAAAAAUUUAAUUGUGAACUUUUCAUUAUUCAAUGUCAUUGAACAAAAAGCAGCAGGCUGGUGUUAAAUUGAAAUAAUAGUAUAUUUUGUAUUAACAAAAUGCCUGUGACACUAGUGGAUAGGCUGCCCUUGCCGAAUCUCAAGGUUUACUCGGCGGGAAGUGUUUUACUAUUGUCAGUAGCCGUGUAUUAUGCUAUAUGUGUAACUAGUGACCCCAGCUGGAAGGUAAAUGCGACUCUCCAGCGCGAGGAAUCGGCAAUUUCUCACGAUGAAGUAAAGAUGGUGCAACCAGAUAGUUUGGCUGCGGGCGAGCUCACUGCUGGCUCCAAAAAUGUUUCCGAUCAGUUCAUGGAAGUUAUGACCUUUAUGAUGCAGGAGCCGCUUUGUAUGUGGACGUUGAUCAACAUGGCGUACUGUUCCCUGGCUCUGUUCGGCCUGGCCAUCCAGCGCGCGGUGUUCGGCCGGCUGCGUGUGUCCGAGGCUCAGCGGGUGAAGGACAAGUUCUGGAACUACGUCUUCUACAAGUUCAUCUUUGUGUUCGGCGUCCUCAACGUGCAGUACAUGGACGAGGUUCUGCUAUGGAGCGGAUGGUUCACCGUCGUGGGAUUCCUCCACCUGCUGGGACAGCUCUGCAAAGACAGAUUCGACUAUCUGUCCUCGUCGGCCAGCGUGUCCCGGGGGGCGGUCGUUCGUCUGCUGUGUUUGCUGGCGGGCAUGUUGCUAGCGGCCGGGGGGCUCGCGGCUGCCGCGGUCACUUGGGGCCUGGCUGCCGGCAGGGACACCUUCGCCUUCAUGAUCGCUGAGUGCCUACUAGUGGCGGUCCCCACGCUGCACGUGAUGGCUCGCUACACGCUCAGGGCGAGGAACGCGGACGCCGCCGGCGCCACAGCCUACUACACACAUCUAGCAUUCGAUUCGGUGUCCCUGGUGGUGGAGACGUGUCACGUGUGUCACAUGGUGGUGUACAGUAACGUGGUGGUGUCCAUGGCGUCGCUGGUGCUGCUCAUGCAGCUGAGGCAUCUGCUGCACGCCCUGCUCGCGCGACUCAGGAGGCACCGCCUCUACACCGCCCUUUCCACUCACAUGACCAAACACUACCCGAUGGCCAGCGUAGAGGAGGUGAUGAAACACGAGGACAAGUGCGCCAUCUGCUGGGAACCCAUGACCGAGGCCAGGAAACUGCCCUGCAAACAUCUCUUCCACAACUCGUGCCUGUGUCGCUGGGUGCAGCAGGACGCGUCCUGUCCCACGUGCCGGCGCUCGCUGCAGGCUCGGCCCGCACCCUCGCCCGCCGCACCCCUCGCACCCCUCGCGCCCCUCACGCCCGCCGCCACCAUGGGUCUCGACGCCACACACAACCAUCUGUUCCACUUUGACGGCUCCCGGUACGUGUCGUGGCUGCCGAGCUUCUCGGUGGAGGUGACGCGGGUCAGGGACGCGCCGCCUCUUGACGAUAUGGUGGACCAGGUGUUGGCAGUGUUCCCUCAGUACGGUCGCGAGGCCGUGAUGGCGGACCUGGCUCGCUCGCGCUCGCCGGACGUCACCGUACACAACAUACUGGAGGGCAGACUGCCGCCGCCCCCGCCCCCGCCCUCGCCCUCGCCACCCCCCGCACACGCCCCGCCCGUCCCGCUGGCGACCCCCGCCAUCGUGGCCCCCAUACAGACGCACACCCCGCACGUCGGAUACCACAGCACGGAGGGGUUCUCCUCGGUGGCGGCGGAGAGAGAGGACACGCUGCGGAGACGGAAGGAGGCGCUGCUGGCGGCGGCCAGGAGGAGAUACCUGGACAGGCGGGCGGCGGCCGGCGCGGGGGGCGCGGGGGGCGGGCGGCCCGCACACACCGCCAGCUGAGUGUUCCGACACGUCCUCACGCGCCUCGCACACACACACGCGGCCGGCGCCCGGCACCUACACCGCUCCGGCUUGACGUAACCCAGACUAUAUGUGUGGAGGAGGGCCGCGCCCCACUCAGGACGCUAGUUCACUGUGUUAUACCGACGUCGCCCCGCGCUCGGAGGCGACGCUUAUUUUCUAUUAUAUUUAGAAUGUAUUUUUCUAUGAAGUUAGGAUUUUCGAUGAAUGUCGUCCGCCGCCCGCCGUGACUGCGCGUGGCGGGCCGACCUUCUCUGUACAUGUAGUCUUAGGUCUACCGUUACUUUGUAUUGAAUGUUGUCGGCACAAAACUGUUUUAAACUCUACAUAUUAUAUAAAUGUAUUAGUGUCGGAGGUCAUCGCUCGUUGGUCGGUUGUAAUACGCCGUCCUUCAUAUGUUAUAAGGUUCGUGUGUUAUAUAAACGUUAAAUAUUUCUCAUCAUUAUAAUCAUUCAGAUAGUUUUAAGUGACUCUACGCUCUAUACUCUACACUCCGCCCCGGACUCUAGGUGUAUGUGUUGUGGGUACAGGUGUGUGCCUCGCCGCACUCCUCCUCAUGGUACUUACUAACAUUUGAUCUGUGAAGAGUCCGUUGAACACAUUUUUGCGAGGUCUCUCUCUGUUUGCGACGUUUGUUGAUAUCGCUCGUGAGGCUCUAGAUACUUAUUGUUAAAUUUUAAGUGAAUUACAAAUAUGUAAUAAAAAAACGAAAACUAGUCAAAAAUAAAUAUGAUUAACUUAA